GAUGGCACAAGAGAAACAGUAUGAGCUUGUAUUGCUCGGAGCGACGGGUUAUACCGGCUUGAUCGUCGCGGAAUGGAUCACCAAGCAACUGCCGCAGGAUCUCAAGUGGGCUGUUGCAGGCCGCAACGCGAAAAAGCUCCAAGGCGUGGUUGACGAACUCGCCCAAAUCGAUCCAAACCGCAAACUCCCAGACAUUGAAUCAUGCGAGCAAGAGAAAGACCAACUCGUCAAACUUGCGGAAAAGACAAAACUCAUCAUCACUACUAUUGGCCCUUACGCACAGUAUGGCGAGCCCGUACUGGCAGCGUGCGCAGAAACCGGGACCCAUUACCUGGACUGCACCGGCGAAGUUCCCUGGAUCUACGACAUGGUCGCAAAGUAUCACGACACGGCCAAGAAAAACGGAGCCAUCAUCAUCCCUGAAUGUGGUCUUGACAGUGUCCCGGCCGAUAUAAUGGCUUUUGCGCUGACGAACUAUAUCCGGAAGACGCUCAAUGCGCCCACCGCCAACGUCGUCAUGUCCCUUUAUGAGGGGAAAUCAGGCAUCAGUGGCGGCACGACACACUCCAUUCUGGGACUGUUCGAGAAUUUCUCACCCGCGCAUUUGGGGGAAUCCAUGAAGCCUUUCUCACUCUCACCUGUGCGUCCUACAGCUCCAUCUAGCCCUCCCAAGGGAAGCUUCUUCUACAGGCUAUUCGGGCUCUUGAACCUCCCCGAGAUUGGCGGGAUUCAAACGACCUGGCUCAUGGCUUCUGUAGACACAUGCAUUACGCACCGCUCAUGGGGUCUUUACGAAACCAGCGCGAAGGAGCGCUCGCAGCCGCAAGUUGCAUACGGCCCAAGAUUUCGAUUCGACGAGUAUAUGCGCGCCAAAUCGCUCCUCUUUGGCCUGAUCGUGAAAUUUGGCCUCGCUUUCGGCGGGCUUUUGAUGCUUCUCCCACCUUCUCGCUGGCUCCUAGCACCCAUCAUCCGUCGGACAAUGCCUCAGGGGCAAGGACCGUCCAGGGAGGCGAUGAAGAAGGAUGUCAUGAUAUACCGAGCUGUGGGCAUCACAGACACAGAGAAGAAGGAGAAGGUGUACGGCAGAUUGGAAAUUGCCCUCGGGGGCUACGGUAUUACAGGGUUGACGCUGAGUGCAGCCGCUGAUGUUAUCUUGAGGGGUCGGCUGGAGGACACUGAGGCGGGAAAGAUUGGUGGUGGGAUCUUGACGCCUGCCACGCUGGGCGAAGCGUUCGUUGCAAAGCUGAAAGAAUAUGGCUUGAAGUUGGAGGUCGGAUCUGAAAGUCCUUGAGCGAUGAUAUAAAGUAUGGC